GAUGGAGUUUGUAGUGGGUGCUUCGGAAGCCACCAUGAAGUCUCUCCUAGGCAAGUUGGGCAGCCUCCUUGCCCAAGAGUACUCUCUGAUCCGUGGCGUCCGCGGCGACAUCCAAUACAUCAAUGAUGAGCUCGCCACCAUGCAGGCCUUUCUUGGCGACCUUGGUUCUGCCCUGGACAACCACGAUCGCCGGCUCAGGAGCUGGAUGAAGCAGAUCCGUGACAUGGCAUACGACAUGGAAGACUGCGUCGGUGACUUAGCUCAACGCCUCCCACAGGACUCUCUCAACGAUGCAAAAUGCUCCUUCAUCGUGACGAUAGUCUAUGAGCUGUGCACGAUACGGCCUCGUCGCCACAUUGCUUCCAAGAUUGCUGAGCUCAAGGUCCGGGCACAACACAUUGCUGAGCGGCGCAGCAGAUAUGGAGUGGACAACCCAAGCCCAAGCUCUGCAGUUGGAGCCCCCCAUGCUGUUACGCAUGGCAUUGCUGAGCAUUUAAUGGCGAGCCGUCAACUCAUCCGCACGGAGAAUCCCGUCGGAGUUAAGGUGGACAUGAAGAAUCUCGGGGAUUGGCUAACCAAAGCCAAACAUGAUAAAGGCUCUCAUCAAGCUGUAGCAUCCUUGGUCGGAUUCGGCAGCGUGGGAAAGACCACCAUUGCCAUGGCAUUUUACCGAGAUUUCAGGAAUGAAUUUGUCUGUCGGGCGUCAGUCACAGUGUCUCAGAACUUCGACGAAGAUGAAGUCCUCAGAGAUAUUCUUGGGCAAAUCAAGCCAACAGACAGUGAGAUCAAGCCAAAGGAGGAGGAGCAGGAGGGUAGCAACACAGGGAGGCUGGAGAAGAAAAACCUAGUGGCAGACAUUAAAAACUCAGUGAAGCAAGUUGUGCCACUGCUCUUUGGUCACAGGCCUCAAAGCAAUGAUGGCAGCAUACAGAGUAAGAUAGAAACAAUGAACCGUGACCAACUUAUUGAAGAACUGAAAAGGCGUCUGCUUGGAAGGAGGUAUCUCCUUUUGAUUGAUGAUAUAUGGUCUGUAGAAACAUGGGAGACCAUUAGAAACUGGUUGCCAAAUGUUAAUGCAACAGAUGGUAGAGUAAUAGUAACUACAAGAUUUCAAGCUGUUGGUGCGGCGUGCUCAGGAAGAGAUGGUACUGAUUAUCUGCAUACAGUUAAUGUUCUAAGUGAAGCCGAAUCCAAAAGUCUAUUUCAUCAGAGUGCUUCUGAAUCCCAAAGCAACGAAGAAAGCGAAAGAAAGGAUACAAGAUCUCAAGCUGUUGGUACUGAGUCCUCCGAAGAAGAUGGAGAUGGAACUGAUCAUGAACAUUCAGCUGAUGUUCCUAGUGAUGCCGAUGCCAAAGGUCUGCUUAAUGAUCAUGUUUCUGAUCCAGAAAGUAGCAAAGGAAAGGAGAACCCAGGGGGCCAUGAGGAGAUAUGGAAAUAUUGUGGGGGGCUGCCUUUGGCCAUAGUCACCAUGGCUGGUCUUGUGACCUGCAACCCAACAAAAAACAAUGAUCACUGGAGUAAAGUUUGCAAGUCAUUAUUUCUGGAGCAGGUGGCUCCCCUUACAUUGGAGGGGGUCACAAGGAUACUUGAUUAUUGCUACAAUGAUUUGCCAGCAGAUCUCAAGACCUGCUCAUUGUACUUGAGCAUAUUCCCCAAGGGCUCGAAAAUUAGUAGGAAGCGUCUGACCAGGCGAUGGAUAUCUGAAUGUUUCGUCACUGAGAAGCAAGGGCUGAGUGCCGAGGAAGUCGCCGAAACAUACUUCAAUCAUCUUGUAAGAAGGAAGAUUAUACGUCCUGUGGACCACAGCAGCAAUGGGAAGGUCAAGUCCUUUAAAGUUCAUGACAUGAUUUUGGAAUAUAUUGUGUCCAAGUCAAGCGAGGAGAAUUUUAUUACUGUUGUUGGUGGCCAUUGGCUAAUGCCAACUCCUAGCAACAAAGUUCGUCGACUCUCCAUGCAAAGCAGUGGUUCCAAGCAUGAGAGUUCAACAAAGGGCAUGAACUUGUCUCAAGUGCGGUCACUGACAGUGUUCGGAAGCCAGACCCGACGACUCCCUUUCCAUUCAUUUAAUAAUGGAAUAAUACAAGUGCUAGAUCUUGAGGGUUGGAAGGGUUUGACAGAUAAACAUCUAAAUGGCAUAUGCAAAAUGCUUGUGCUGAAGUAUUUGAGCCUCCGACGAACAGAGGUUUCUGAGAUUCCCUCAAAGAUUGAGAAGCUCCAGUAUUUGGAAACUCUUGACAUAAGGGAGACCAAUGUUCAGGUGAUGCCCAAAGCUUUUGGCCACCUCAAACGGCUCCGUAGCAUGCUUGGAGGGAGUAAAAACCCACGGAAGGCAUUGAAGUUACCUGAUUUGGAAAAUAAGGAGCCGAUGAAAGCACUUCGUAUCUUGUCAGGGAUUGAGAUCGAUGAGGACUCAUCAGCUGUAGCAAGCCUUCAUCAGCUGACAGGCCUAAGGAAGCUUGCCAUCUACAAACUCAAUAAACGAGAUGGCAGUCAGACCUUCACACAGUUACGCUCCGCCAUCGAGUACCUCUGCAGCUGCGGUCUGCAGACUCUUGUAAUCAAUGCUGAGAGCUCUGACUUUAUUAACUCCUUGGACACCAUGUCUGCUCCUCCAAGAUACAUCAUCGGCCUAGAGUUGUCUGGCAAGAUGGAAAGGCCCCCACAGUGGAUCAAAGAACUCAAUAACCUCUAUAACCUUACCCUCUCUGUAACGGUUCUUCGGACUGAUACUUUCAAGCUCAUCCAGGACCUGCCCAAAUUGUUUACGCUCACCUUUACACUCAGUGCAGCCAAGGAUGAUAGGGACAUAGUGGACAUUCUUGAGGAAAAUAAACAGCUUACCGACAGGGAGAUCAUUAUUCCACCUGGAGGAUUCAAGAGUCUAAAGCUUCUUCGCUUCUUUGCAACUAUGGUGCCAAGGCUGAGCUUUGCAGUUACAGGAAAAGAGGUAAUGCCAGCACUGGAGAGGAUUGAUAUGCGGUUUGAAGCCUUUGAAGGGAUUUACGGCAUUGAGACUCUCAAAAGCCUCCAAGAGGUGCAUCUCAGUGUUGGCAAUCAAGCAGAUGAAAUAACCAAGUUCUUGGUACAAGAUUUGAAGGACACCCCCAAGUACUUAGAUGAAAAGUAUGCCAACAAGUGGCCAAAGAUAAUCACCGAGUGAAGAGACUGGAAUAUGUCACAUUAUCUUUUGAUUGACCAACAAAUCAUCUGGUACGUAUUGUAUAAUUAAGUGGGAUUGUUUCAUCAAGUCUGCAUCGCCUUCUCAAGGGCUAAAUAAACAGACUGCAUCCAUUAUUGAUUCUUGUAAUGCAUAUGUAUGUGGCACCGUUGAAUCCGUCACUGAUUCUCGUAAUUUGUACUUCUAUUGUAAUGUUACUUCCAUUAUUGAUCUUUUUGA